GAAGCUCGAUGGAGCGCUGUGAAAGGAACUGAAUUUAGAAAAAAAAACAACAAACUCUCACCCCACAGAGGAUUAUUUCAACGUUUUGAAAUACAAACCAUCGCAAUUUUGGACGCCGUGACUGUCGCGGUGUGAUUCGGAGGAGAAGGGCGACCCGUUUCCUGUUUGUUUUGCCGUCCGCUAUCAAACCCCUCGGUUAUCUUAACUGCACCCCGUCUAUCUCCGAGCGCGCGCCUCGGCGGCUAUGGCUACGGAUCUACUAUCUGAUCUGGACAGUCGCUUCUUCGCCGAUAACCUCCUGACGAGCGAAGACUGGGAUGCCUGUCUGUACCAGUGUGAGAGCAUGGAGGAGGGCGAGGAUGGACACUACUGCCGGGGGCUGAAGUACGACUCUUCGUUCGACAACAACCUCGUGCUGACCCUCGACCCAGACAACCCCACCUCACCAUGGCGACACCUUGACAACAACCUGCUCAAAGGGGAGGGUUCUGUAAUGAAAGAUGACAUGACCAUUACUCAGCCGUUACCAGUGGAAAUGUUGUUUCAGGUGAAAACAGAACCCCCCUCCCCAACUUCCUCACUGGCAUCAGACUGCUCCACGUCUUCACCAGACCCAAAGAUCACUGUGAAAGGAGAGAACCCUCCGACUCCUCCUUACAUGUAUGGAGACAUUCUCUCGCCUCCGCUGGGCUCCAUGGAGGUUACCGUGGCGACGAGCGCCACAGCGGCACAGCCCCAGACGCCACUACCUGCUGUGACGCAGACGCAGCUGCAGGCACCAUUACAGAGCCAGAUGCCGGCGGUGAUCAGCACCCUCGAGACGCAAGCCACAGUUGUACCUACAUCCACGCUGAAGGCCAGCACCAUCCUUAGUAGUAAACCUCCCAUUCAGCCCCGGCCGAUGUGUGUCACCCCCCUGUCCGUCCCCCAGAGCCCGGCCCCACCCAAGACCCUCAUCCUGCAGGGCCUCCCCACCAUGGACCAGACUAGACCAGUUGUCUUGUCCCCGUCGGUUUGCCUCAGAUCGACUCCGGCCAUCGUCAAAAUGGAACCAGUAUCACCCAGCAUCCCUCAGCACUGCUGCAGUCCUGCAGCUCCACCCACCAGCAAGCCCAUUGUCCCAGCAACCACCUCGUUGCCCGGCAACAACUGCAACGACGUCGACAUGAAGGUGCUGAAGCGGCAGCAGAGGAUGAUAAAGAACCGGGAGUCGGCCUGCCAGUCCAGGAAAAAGAAGAAGGAGUACCUUCAGAACCUCGAGGCCCAGCUGAAGGAGGCGCAGCAGGAGAACGAGCGCCUCCGCCGUGAGAACCAGGCGCUGAGGGAGCGGUUGGCCAGGAAUGAGGGAGGGGACUCUGCCAACAACAAGAGAGCCGUGUGUGUCAUGGCCGUGCUGCUGUUCAUGACCUUCAGCCUGGGGCCCGUAAGCAUUACGGAUAGGAAGUUACCCACGGGCCUACAGGAAGGGGCGGUGUCUUUCACGGGAAGGCAUCUGCUGGAGAGGGAAGAAGAACAACAACAGCAGCAUCAACCACCGCCCUCCCAGCCACACAGCGGAGUGGAGGAGAGGACUGAGACGGAGGAGGAUGGAGGAGAAGACCGAUGGAAGAGAGACACAGAUUCAUACCAGUUUAGGAACCUGAGUGAUGUCUUCAGUGACAUGAAGGACCUGGUUCUGCAGGAUAUCGACCGUUACUUCACCUCCUCUGACUGCAGGCAGUUCAACCGCUCCGAGUCUCUCAGGCUCGCGGAUGAACUGAGGGGUUGGGUCCACCGUCAUCAGAUAGACAGAAAGAAGCUGGGCGGGAAACCAAAGAUUGUUAAGAAGGCCAAGAUCGCCCAGCAGAAAGCACAGCUGAGGAAGACCAACUUCUCCAGAUAUCUGCCCGUUCAGGCCCAUCGCUCCAUAGAGAGUCAGCUGCAGGUUCUGUCUGGGCCCGAGGUCACGUACAGUGACUUCCUCGAUGCCAUCGACCGGCGGGAGGACACCUUCUACGUCGUUUCCUUUAGACGUGACCAUCUGCUGCUUCCAGCCAUCAGCCACAAUAAAACCAGUCGGCCAAAGAUGUCCCUUGUCAUGCCGGCCAUGUCUGUCAACGAGAGUCUAUAUAACUCGUCCCAGGGCUAUGAGAUGAUGAUGCAGGUGGACUGUGAGGUCAUGGACACACGCAUCGUCCCCAUCAAGUCGUCCGCCGUGCCCCCAUCCCUUCGCGACCCCCCUCCCCCCCGACCGUCCGGCCACCACCCCAAUGGCGGCCAUCACCACGGCAACCACACAUCGCUCCGGGGGCGCCACCCACACCACCCCUCUUCCGCUUCCUCCUCCUCGCCUUCCUCCUCAUCCCCACGCCAGCCUCUGCCCGCCCGCCGGCAGACAGCAGAGUACUUCAUCAGCCAAUCGGAGGGCGUGUGAGGCCUCUCCAUGGCGAUCCCAGGAAAGGAGGGAUGAAGGACAGGAAAGAAAGCAGGUAGAAGGUCGAAGAUGGGUUGGGUUUGUUUGGAGGAUAUCUGUCAGGUAGAAACACACAAACCAUUUUAUUUGGAUUAUAAUCCCGUUAUAUUUCUGAGAGCCUGUUUGAAGAGACAGCCCCUCCCCAGCAAGU